AGCUUAUCUGGCACACACAACUUCAAAUAUGAAGAAAUACACCGGGGCACUUUUGAAACAGUGGUGGCUGCAGCACAGCCGGGUGUGUGUUGAUAAGAGGUGAAGCAAGUAACUGCGAUAUAAACAGAAACGUGCUCCGUGACAAGAAAAAUCAGCUGAAGUACAAAUACCUCGGAUUUGUGCUUAGGUACAGUAAAAUAAAACGAGUUACAGUCCACCUUACAUUACAGUACUGUCUAACUGGCAGUGAAGGAGAGGAAGUCACAGUAAACCCACCAUGACACCGCUGAUCCUUAACUCGUAAAAACCCCACCCAACCUGGGAAAAGAAGAUUGGGAGGAAUUGAAGGACUAACUGGAUGAAGUCAGUGUCACUUAUACAUGAAGUGACACUUACGCUUUAAAUGACAUCUGUAAAAAGUAAACAACCACAAAAACGGCAAAACAACCCCACAGAGUCCUAUAUGGGAGGGCUGGAGCCCAUUUUCUGCCAUAAUAGUUCUCUAUUACCUGCCACCUCAACUUCCUUUAGUCCUUCAACUUCUGCUAAAUCUUCCACACAAAUACACGUCUACAAACUUCCAAAGAAUCAACCUUUUAAGACAUUUUACGCUUUUUUCAACACCUCACUUUAGAGAUUUUCACAGUUGAGCACACUUACAUUUUCUUCAGAAACCCUGGUGUUUUCUAGUUGUCGCUAUAUUUUAGUUUGGACUAACAGAGUGACAUCAGCAGAGCUUCACUACACACACACACACACACACACACACACACACACACACACACACACAGUGUUUUCCAGUUCAAAGUGCGGUUUGUGGGCAAUGACCCUCGGCUCAGUGUUUGGACAGUCAGACUGUUUGUCAGGCUUCAUUGUGAAGAAGAAGAAGAAGAAGAAGGAGGGAGACGCACCAGGUGAGGAGACAUCACCAUGACGACUGAAUAUCAUGACGACACUGAAGACGACAGCAGCUCAUUCUGGAACAAAGAGCCUCGACCUGUCUCCUUCUCAGGUAUCUCCAGGUACAGACGUUGGUUGGUCCCAGGUCUGACAGCUAUAGUGGUCCUGGUCCUGAUCAUAGCACUGGGAGCUAGCAACACAAAGACAUCAAACCGAUUGUGGUCUGUGGAGAAAACCGUUUCCAACCUGAGUGAAGCACUGAACGCCGCACAGCAGCUCGCUAAAGAUGCAGCUAAAGACGUCCACCGGCUGACGUUUGCUGUGGAGAACAACAAGGACCAGCUGACCUCAGUAUCAGACGCAAUGAAGCAGCUCUCAGCUCUGGACUCUAUCAGCAAGACGGUCGCUUCGCUCAAAUGUUCCCUCGAACACCUCAUCAACAACAGUUCAGCAGCAGCUGGCUGUUGUCCUCUGGGUUGGGAUGUUAUAGGUCGCAGCUGUUAUUUGUUCAGCAGGACACCUUUGGCCUGGCACGAUGCUAGAGACUGGUGCAACGGACACGAAUCUCACCUGGCCAUACUUAACACUGACGAGGAAUGGGACGCUGUGACCAAUCAAGCCAAGGGCACCAUGUUCUGGGUUGGUCUGACAGAUGAGAAAACAGGGACAUGGACGUGGGUAAACCAGACGCCGUACAUUAUGAACCGCAGGCGCUGGGCGCCCGGUCAGCCUGACAGCUGGACCGAUCACGGCCUCGGCCCCGGAGACGAAGACUGCGCUCACCUACGCGCCGACGGACGCCUCAACGACCUGCACUGCUCCCCAGUUUGCGCUACAUCUGCCAGAGACACAGCCUGCACACCUAAGACCACCGCCUCCGUCCAGGCCCCGCCCACACACGGCUCACCUCACGUGUGCUCAGCUCUACUGUAGACCGUCACAUGAACGCCACUAGGAAGUUUGAUCCCAACCAAUCAGACUGACCUCUUUCUGUCGUGUCCACGUCAAUGCUGCCCACACUGACAUCUGUCCAGGGACGGCUGACUCAUGCUGUGCAGUUAAUCAUGAAAUCAGCCGUCAAGGGACAGAUGGUGUUUUAUGUUGUACAGAUUGUAAAGCCCUUUCAUGUAAUCUCUGGCUUCAGAUCAGCCUUAGUGAAGGAGCAACUGAGUUUGAGACUUGUGGUGAUGAACAGGCGAUUUUCUAUAUUUUCCUCAUUGUCAUCAAAUCUCAAGAACAGACUCAAACCAACAUGAGCGUCUCCCACUAACACGUACAGUGUGUUUAUCUACAGCCCGGUGUAUCCGGACGCUCCGAGCCUCAGAGCUCCACUGUUACCAGAAGCUAUCGAAACGCAUCAGUGAGUCACACUGUUGCUCUGGGUGACAUGUUGCUUCAUCACCAUCAAGACAAACACUGUGGUUUAUUCUGACUCAGUCCCACACACACACACACACACACACACCGUCCCGCUGACACAAAUACUCCCUACGGCACCAGACGUGGAUUAAUCCACCGCUGAAAAUAGUCCCCCACACAUUCACUGCUUCAUCCUGUUGGUUUGACAAAAAACUACAGUGAGCAGCUGUUUGAGGAAAAUUACUGAGACUUUUUUAAAUAUUAAAUAAAUAUU